UAUGUACAAAGUACACAUUUAUAUAUGUACAAAGUUGCAAUAGUAUGUAAGUAUUUAAAAUACUGGACACUACGAUUCGCUCCUGCCCGGAGCGAAUAUUUUUGAUACAUAGUUUAUUAUAAUAAGAUCUAUUAUUACAAUGUCUCUUGCAACGAAAGGAAUUUUUAUUGUAGCUGCAAAACGUACUCCGUUUGGUACAAUGGGUGGUGUAUUUGCCAAUAAAAGUGCAACUGAUUUAUCAGUUGUUGCUGUAAAAUCUGCUUUGCAAUCUGCAAAGUUAAAUCCUGAUAAAAUAGAUAGUGUUGUUUUUGGACAUGUAUUAGCUCUAUCAUCUGCUGAUGGAGGUUUUUUAGCACGUCAUGUUGCAUUGAAGUCAAGUAUACCUUUAGAAAAACCAGCAUUUUCUGUAAAUAGAUUAUGUGGUUCUGGAUUUCAGUCAAUUGUUAAUGGUGCACAGAGUAUUUUAACAGGAGAAUCUAAAAUAGUUCUAACAGGAGGAACAGAAAAUAUGAGUCAAGUUCCCUUUGUUGUAAGAAAUAUUCGUUUUGGUACAGCUUUAGGCCAAAAGUAUGAAUUUGAAGAUGCUUUAUGGCUUGGACUACUUGAUACUUAUUGCAAUAUACCUAUGGGUGGAACUGCAGAGAAGCUUGGAUCUCAAUAUAAUUUAAAAAGACAAGAAGUAGAUGAAUUUGCUCUAAGAAGUCAACAAUUAUGGAAAGCUGCCAAUGAUGCUGGUCGUUUCAAAGAGGAACUAGCACCUGUUACAAUAACUGUAAAAAAGCAAGAUGUUGUUGUUAAUACAGAUGAACAUCCAAGGCCUCAAACAACUCCUGAAAGUUUAGCUAAAUUACCUUCUAUUUUUAAGAAAGAUGGUUUAGUUACAGCAGGAUCCGCAUCUGGCAUUUGCGAUGGUGCAGCAGCACUUAUCUUAGCUAGCGAAGAAGCUGUUAAGGCAGAACAGCUUACGCCGCUAGCACGUUUAGUAGGAUAUAGUAUUGUAGGUGUAGAACCCAGUAUUAUGGGAAUUGGUCCAGCUCCAGCUAUCAGACAACUUCUUAAAGUUACGAAUAAAAAUUUGAAUGAUAUUGAACUUGUCGAGAUUAAUGAAGCAUUUGGAGCUCAAACAUUAGCGUGUGCUAAAGAGUUAGAUUUAGAUAUUAAUAAAUUAAACGUAGAUGGUGGAGCUAUUGCUCUUGGACAUCCAUUGGCUGCAUCUGGUAGUAGAAUUACUACACAUUUAAUACAUGAAUUAAGGAGACGAAAAAAUGCAAAAUUAGGAAUUGGUUCUGCUUGCAUUGGUGGAGGUCAAGGGAUAGCUGUGAUGAUAGAAGCAUUAUAAUCAUGUCAUUACAAAAGUUCUAAGGUUACAAAAUUGUGAUAUAUAAAGUAUGUAUUACAACAAAUAUUGAAACAUACAUGUAUUAUAAAAUGUA